UCUAAAUGUUUGUUUUGGCACUAAAAAAUAAAAUAUAUUUUUUUAUUGGCUAGAGACCAUACUAUAUAAAGAAGUAUAAAAGAUAGGAAUAGCAAUUAAGCAUCUUAAUUAUUUAUCAAGUAACAAGUUAGAUAAGGACCAUGGCUUAAAAAAAAGAUUAGAUAAGGACAAUAAGUAGAGUAGUAGAUAACAACCAUAGUAUCAUCAUUUUUAACUGAAUAUAGCUUAACAGUAAUUAGAUAGAUUUAAGUUCGGAAGUUCUCAAUUUGUUUUACUAAAAAAACAAAAUUAUUGUUUUACUUUUCUCUUUCUCUCAAUAAAGAUAUCAAAUAAUGACCUCUGUAUCCCCUCCCAUUUUACCCUUUUUCUGUGCGCGACGGCCAAUAAUUUAAUAUCAAAGUAACAAAACUUUUUGGUAGUUUCGGAAACCGAUAACGAAAGGCAACGUGGCGACUCAUGAUUGGUCAGAUCAUGAAUCAAAACUACUCUACUUGGUGUACACGUUAAGACCACAUCAUGAUCUCCCCUCUUGAUUUUUAACAAACUUCCAUCUCCUUUCAACCUUUCACUUCCCCCGUUUUUUUCCCCAAGUUUCACCGGACUACGACGGCGACCACGGCGGCGACAGCGACUUGGUUUUGUCUUUUUGUUUGCUUGCCAUUGCCUUGCCGCUGAUGCUGUUAGAAUAAUAAUAAGAAUCACAGAGCCCACUGGGUCUACUUUUCUUUUCCCAACGCCCUCCACUCUCCCCUCUGUCCUUUCUUCUUUUACCCAUUUGUUCCCCAAUUCUUUUCUUAUUUUUUGUUUUUGCCCCUCUCUCUCUCACUCCCUCCCAAGAUCUGGCCCCUCCCUCUCUCAUGGAGGCUGCUGCGUGAGCUGCCUAUCAAUUUCUCUAGGAUCUAAGAGAGACAAAGCUGCUGAGAUGAUUGGUUAGGAAAUGGGGAAGAGGGGUGGCUGGUUUUCUGCUGUGAAGAAAGCAUUUGCUCCUGAAUCUAAGGAAAAGAAAGAUCAGAAAUCCAACAAAACAAAGAAAAGAUGGUUCGGAAAGCCAAAGAAAUUGGAGAUAGUGGCAUCUGCGGAGCCAGCUCCACUGGAUGUGUCUGUUCUACCUAUUGAAGAGGUGAAACUAACAGAAGCAGAGAAUGAACAGAGCAAGCAUGCUUACUCUGUCGCUAUUGCCACUGCCGUUGCUGCUGAGGCUGCUGUCGCAGCAGCUCAGGCUGCAGCCGAGGUUGUUCGGCUCACCACCAUCCCUCGUUACUCCGGAAAAUCAAAGGAGGAAAUUGCAGCCAUCAAGAUCCAGACUGCAUUCCGUGGCUAUAUGGCAAGGAGGGCCCUGAGGGCAUUAAGAGGGUUGGUGAGGCUGAAGUCAUUAAUUCAAGGCCAAUCUGUUAAAAGACAAGCAACUACCACAUUAAGAUGCAUGCAGACUCUAGCUCGUGUGCAGUCACAGAUUCGUGCAAGAAGAAUUAGAAUGUCAGAAGAGAACCAGGCUCUUCAGAGGCAGCUCCAACACAAACAUGAAAGAGAGCUUGAGAGAUUAACUGCUUCUGCAAACAAUGAAUGGGAUGAUAGUACCAAAUCAAAGGAGCAAGUUGAAGCCAGAUUAGUGAACAGGCAAGAAGCAGCAACAAGAAGAGAAAGGGCGUUGGCGUAUGCUUACACUCAUCAGAAUUCAUGGAAGAAUUCUUCGAAGUCUGCAAACCCUACGUUCAUGGACCCGAACAAUCCCCACUGGGGCUGGAGUUGGUUGGAGCGAUGGAUGGCCGCUCGUCCAUGGGAGGCCAGAAGCACCGUCGAUUACCACGAUCGUGCCUCCGUCAAGAGCGCGAUCAGCCAUGCAACCUCAAUAGGAGACAUCGCUAAAGCUUACGCCCGUCGCGAUCUCAACCUCGACAUCAAGCCUUUUCCGAGGACGCCUACGAGCCAGAAAACCAGCCGACCGCCGAGUCGCCAAUCGCCGGCGACUCCAAGGAAGGCGCAAUCGUCGCUAUCUGCAGGGAGGAAACUGAAGCCGGCGAGUCCGAGAGGAAUCGGCUGGGGCGGAGACGAAGACUCCAGAAGCGGAUUGAGUGUCAAAUCGGAGCGUUACCGGCGACACAGCAUCGCGGGAUCAUCGGCGAGGGACGACGAAAGCUUCACGAGUUCGCCGUCGGUUCCAAGCUACAUGGCAUCGACAGAAGCAGCUAGGGCCAGGUCCCGGUUGUCGAGUCCGAUGGGAACGGAGAAGACAGCGGUGACGCCGGAGAAGGGAUCGGCGGGUGGAGCAAAGAAGCGACUCUCCUACCCGGCCUCACCGGCGACGGCGACGGCGCGGAGGCACUCCGGUCCGCCGAAAAUAGACGCUAGCCCGAUUAAGAAAGUUGAAGGGAAAGAUUAUACCGGAGAGAGCAGAUAGUUAAGAUGGAUUUGGUAGUGAUUUUGAUCGUCGUUUUAAGUUUUUUAUUAGCUUCGAGUUUUGUUGAAGGCAGGAAAAUGGCGAAUAAAAGUGGAUGGUAAAAUCUUACUGUUCUUGUAAAUGGAAUUGGACUUUGUUUGGCUGCCAACUUCUUUUUCUUUUCUUUUCUUUUUUUGUUUUUAAGAUCUGUGAAGUAUAUAUAAUUCGUCAGGUUCUUUUA